AUGCCGCUCUCGCUGACACCGGUGCGAGCCAACCUGGAGGCGCUUCCACACAAAACUCAAAAGCACAACUAUUCGCAGACCUACGUCACGCAAGGGCCAGAGAGAGAGUCGACGACCGUCGCCUCGGACUGGCUCGCGAACGAGCUGGCCGAGCACGGAGAGAUUGAUGCGGCAUGCCGCGACAAAUAUGUCAUGCACCUGAUGACGGCCGCCGGCGCCUCGGCGCCGGCCGACGCCGUGUUCAGGUUCACGGCUGGCGAGGCGAUGCAGACCGAGGACGACGACGAGGACACCGACCGCUCCGAGGAGUAUUCCGACGACAAGGCGUCCGACUAG